CGUUUUUGAUAUUCGGUUAUUUGGUCCUCCCCGGCACCCGUCAGACGCGCCUCUGCAUCGCGCAGCCGGAAACUGAGCAGCGCAACAAAAGCAGCGCUUUCUGCAGGCAAUAAACACCCCCAGCAUAAUGUCGGAUAAAAGUGAGCUGAAAGCUGAGCUUGAGCGAAAGAAACAGCGCUUGGCUCAGAUAAGAGAGGAGAAGAAGAGAAAGGAGGAGGAACGCAAGAAAAAAGAGGCUGAGCUGAAGAAGGAGCCCGUCCCACUGCAGGAUGAUUCAGACCUGGAGAAAAAGCGCAGGGAGGCUGAUGCUCUGCUACAGAGUAUGGGCAUCACACCAGACGCACCUGUGGUUCCUACACACAUGUCUCCCACGGCCAAAUCUGCAGGCAGUCCAAGUGAAGCAGGGAGCCAAGACUCAGGAGACGGUGCCACCGGGCCAAGGACUCUGCACUGGGACUGUGACCCCUCCACUCUUCUGCUUCACUCUGAGCCGGGGUACUGCACACUUUCUGCUCGUUCUCCUUCACUUCUGCUCUUUCAGACCUCUAGAGAAAGAAGUCAUGAGUGA